AUGAUAUCCAAAAAAUUGUUCGCCGGUGUCGAUCCGCCGGAAGAUGUAAUCUUGGAUAUACUAAUGAGACUUCCCAUGAAAUCGUUGAUGCGACUCAGCUGUGUCUCAAAGUCUUGGAACGCUUUUCUCACAAACCCUAAUUUCUUCUCAAAGCAGCUCCAUCGUAGCAGUGCCACUGCCCAUAAACUCCUUAUUCUUACCCGUAGCGAAUUGGGAUUCGGAUUCUAUUUCCAUAGCCCUCCUGAUGAUGGUGAUGGUGAUAAUAAUAAUAACGUGCCUCUCAAUAUUCCCCAAUUCUCAUUGCCCGAUUUCUCGAUUUAUUCUCUCUACAUUCAAGGUUCUUGCAAUGGAUUGGCAUGUCUAAGUGUCAAUGACACAUCAACCGUUGUGUUGUGGAAUCCAGUAACCAGACAGUUUAGGCCUAUUAGGGUACCUUUUCCUCGUGGUCGGCCUAAUCACCCGUUUGAAGAUCCUGGAUGCAGCCUUUUUGGAUUCGGCUUUAUUCCCAGAAACAAUGGCUACAAGGUUGUAAGAAUCACACCCUUAGUAUUCCCAACAGAAACCAUCCGCACGUGGGUGUACACAUUGAGUUUGGAUUCUUGGAAAGAAAAAAAAGUUGCUGUCCCUGAUGUGAUCUUUAAAACUCAACUUGCAAUUUGUGUGAAUGGUUUUUUGCAUUGGCUGGCAUACAACAAAUCUACCAAAGUGGAGGUUAUUGUAUUGUUCGACUUGGAUAAUGAAGUGUUUCGACAGAUAGCCCUGCCGGACUCUUACACUUUUCAAAGCAAGAUUGAUAGGAAACUUGUGAUUCUAAAGGGAUCAUUUUCUGUUAUGAUACAUGAUCCUUCCAGAAGGUUGGAGAUAUGGACGAUGACAGAAUACGGUGAUGAGAAAUCUUGGACUCUGCAAUUGACUGUCGGAGCUUUUCCAGAAGGACUGGAUUAUCCAUCGGGAGUUUCAAACAAUGAAUACGGUGAUGAGAAAUCUUGGACUCUGCAAUUGACUAUCGGAGCUUUUCCAGAAGGACUGGAUUAUCCAUCGGGAGUUUCAAACAAUGGCGAGAUAAUUUUUCGAUCCUCAGACUGUGAUUCUAAUUCCCUGUUCUUGUAUGAUCCUCGUAGCCGUACCAUCAAACAUAUUCCGGGUCAGAGGAGGACCUGUCCGUUUGAAGCUGUUAAUUAUGUUAUGAGCCUUGUUUCUGUCCAGGGAGGCAGAAAAAGGAUUCCAGCAGAGUAA